CAGGAGCUGGGAAAGUUUAGCAGGAGGCGCAGCCAUUGGCUGCGGCCCUCACGUGUCCCCAGCUCCCUGUGCAUCCAUCUCGCUUUUCUCCUGGCCCCAUGGAGGAGGUGAGAAAGUUGGCACGGGCACCCGGGGCGCGGAAGACCCGGUCACUCCGUGACAGAUGGACACGGCGAGGAUGAGCUCCUUCCUCGAGUAUCCCCUCCUGAGCGGGGAGGCUGGGACCUGCUCCGCCCGCGCCUACCACCACCCCGAGCACGGGAUUACAACUUUCCAGUCCUGCGCGGUCAGUGCCAAUGGCUGCAGCCCAGGGGACGAGCGGUUCCUGGUGGGCAGGGGGGUCCAGAUCAGCCCCCCCCACCCGCACCCACACCCGCAUCCGCACCACCCCCAGGCGGGCGCCUACCAGCACCCCGGCAGCCUGGGCAUGUCCUACUCGCACCCUAGCUGCGGCCCGGGAUAUGGCAGCCAGAACUUCAGCGCGGGGUACAGCCCCUACUCCCUCGGCCAGGACGCAGAUGGCAGCGGCGGGUACCCCCAGUGCGCGCCCGCGCUGUACUCGGGCAACAUCUCCCCUCCCGUGGGCCAGCAGCACCCCCCCCAGCACAGCUACGCCGCGGGCUCGGCGGGGCCCGCCCAGUACAUGCACCCCUCCUACGGAGCCGAGCAGCAGAACUUGCCCCUGGCCGGGUACAGCCACCCCCUGUCCCCUCUGCACGCCAGCCACCCGGACACCGCGCGCUCCCCCUCCGCAGAGACCUCGCCUCCAGCGCAGACCUUUGACUGGAUGAAAGUGAAAAGAAACCCACCUAAAACAGGUAAGGAGAUCUCCGGCAAGGCAGCGCGGACAAGUUCACCCCUCUGCCAUCAUGACAGUCCAGGCUCUUAUUUCCGCCCCCGUGGGAAGGCGGGAGAGUACGGCUACGUGGGGCAGCCCAACACGGUGAGGACCAAUUUCACCACGAAGCAGCUCACGGAGCUGGAGAAGGAGUUCCACUUCAACAAGUACCUGACCAGGGCCAGGAGGGUGGAGAUCGCUGCUUCGCUGCAACUUAACGAGACGCAGGUGAAGAUCUGGUUUCAGAACCGUAGGAUGAAGCAGAAGAAAAGGGAGAAGGAGGGCUUGCUACCCAUUUCCCCGGCUACCCCCACGGGAUGCGAGGAGAAAGCAGAAGAGUCAUCAGAAAAGUCAAGUUCAUCCCCGUGCACCCCUUCACCAGCCUCCUCUACCUCAGACGUCCUUACUACCUCAAACUGACACAUCCCUGGGCCCCACCCUAUAGCUACAUCUUUAGCGUACCCUCAUUGAUUUAAAGUAAAUAUAUAUUUUUAAAUAUUCGGGUCAUCCUGACGUUCAAAUAACUUGUUCCGUGAGCAUUUGGGUUUAGAAAUACCCUCGGCUGUUUAUUUAAUGCAGAGCUAAACACAAUGGGUUCUAAUGUCAGUUUUUGAUGACCACUUAAUUAACUAGUCCUACAUUCAUUCCUUACAUUCCAGCAGGAGUUGUGAGUUUUUUUUGUUUUUUUUUUUUUGUCUCCUUAGCACAUUUAUAAGGGUCUCCCUGUUUCCGGAGAGCCAAAUUGCAAGGAUGUUUCUAUAUUUUUUCCCCUACAGAAACACAAAGCUAUCGAGAGUACAUGACCUCAUGAUGAGAUGCACUAUUGAAAGUGUUUACACGAGUUAUAGAACUUUCAUCCAUUAAUUUAAUGCGUUCUCUUUUUUCGUGUGUAUGGGUUUGUUGGUUGUAAAUACUUUGUCCAAGAGAUUUAUCUUUUUACAGAUUUUCUAGAAAUGAUGUUUAGAUUAAGCAGGGUGGGUACAUUCUCAAAACUGGAUCCAAUUUUAUAAUGGUAAACCUGAUGAUAUCAGUUAAAUUUGCAAUCAGAUACCUCGAAUUGUAGCACCAUUUUUUUUUAUGAGACAGAAGAAGGCUUCAAUUGCACUAGGUUUUGUAAACCUUACUGGUGUGCUCCCCCUCUCCUCCCCCUCCAGAAAUCUGUGCUGGAUUAUAUUGGACCUAAAACGGUAUUUUAUCCCCCCCAAAAGACCUCACCUAUUCCUAUUUUCAAAGUAAUCCUUCCUUCGAGUUGAUGUCUUUUCAGCCUAAUCGUAAAUGUGAUGACUGGCCAAAUGAAUGUAUAUUUUCUGUGAUUCGUGUAUGGAACUUUGCAUGAUGCACAAUGCUUUGAUGUACUGAAGGUACACUGAGUUCUAUCAGUUGUCAUUUGUGAGCUAACUAUCUUUCUGAUUUACAAUCAUUAAAGGUUCUGCGGUUCUGUGAGUGAUGGAAUCCAGAGCAGAAUUUACGGGUCCUAAAAUGUCUGUAAUAAAUAUAUUCAAGUUUCAGGUA